AUGGCUGCAGGUUCCCGUGACCAUUAUUUGGAGCCCAACCAGGGCAAUCGCCUGGAUCAUCAUCUCCAGCGUCCUUCUCGCUCGCGUUCUUUGUCGCUGAACACUCGCUUCGAUGGCCCCACUGGUGAUGAAACACCCAAUCUAACCCCGAAACGCUCCUUAUUGCACCGCGCCCGGCGAUCCGUCCUGAGCUUCAGCUCACCCAGCCCCCAAGCUUUUGAAUCUUCCAAUGCGAAGAGGCCCGGAACAGACGAACUUUCUCAAGAUCGCCCUGAUGUGAAAGGAAUCAUGCCAUCAAGUCUGGCUUAUUCUGGAGCCUCUGCGACCAGAAAUCUAAACGAGAACGCUCGCUCGUUCAACAGCACUUUAAACGGGACUCGACCAGAGAUCGAGGACUUGUCUUCGAUGGAGGAGAGCCGCCCGAAAAAUGAGGAUAUAUUCUUAAACAUCGCAAGAACCGAUUCUGAUCGUCGCGAUUCGAUAGCUCGUUCGGAUUUUAGGCGGUCGCGGCUUGGAUAUUCUAGCCAGAGUCUUCGUCCGCCUGCGAUAGAACAAACCCCCUCACCCGAUCAGCGACACAGCAAUAUCGAUAACCCCUUGCUUUCUCAAAAUGAUGCCCCGAUGACCCCCUACAGCUCUGUUCACACUCCGGCCUCAUCCGUCCACCCGCUAGACGAUUCAGCUCGGUUCCGCUACAGUACCCUGGGAUCUGGCUCGCGGUCGACUGUUGGUGUUCCACGAAAUCGCUUCAGCCGUACAAGCCCAGAGACCUCACCGCGCACUCCCUCUGCGGGGAACGCGCCCAUGUACGAUUCGCGCACUAAUCGCCAAUCGGGCCUUUCUACAAUCCGAAGCAGUCGCCAGCCAUCGACCGGUGAAGUGACCGGGCGACCACGAGCGGAUACAGAGCGAUCGCGCGCGGAUGGAACGGAGUCCACAUUGUCCACCACAGCGCCAUCCACUGUCUGGGAUGAACUUGAUGAUCUCAAGGAUCGGAUCAAAAAGCUCGAACUGACAGGCAAGCUGCCUUCGUCAUCCGCGGCGGCAAUGUACACCCCUACCGAUGAACGACCUCGGACUGCAAACACAGCCAUCACCACAUUAUCUUCCUCACCCAAGAAUCGUCGCAGAACCAGCGUCUCGGCUGCAGAUACCGAAACUAGUCCAGUGCACCCUAUUCUGCAAUCCGCAUUGGCCAAAGCAAAAGUUGUUUUGAGCGGUGAGGUGUACACCUCCCUCGAGGCGACAAUUACCGAUGCUAUGAAUCUUUCCACGGCGUUGGGCGCCAAUAGCGCACCGUCGGGCAGCAUUUCUGUUGUGAACGGAGGAUACACCUCGCCUGAACGACAUGCCCGCCGCAAAGCGGACAGUGUCUGCCGUAGCCUGACCGAGCUAUGUCUGGCCCUGACCGACGAGCAACUGAAGAAAGCUCGUCCGUCGUCAAGCCACGAUGCCAACGUGCAGCCUCCGUUACCGAAUGGCAUCCAUGCCAUGCCAUCGUUCCAGGAUAUCCAAGGAGUUGAGCGGCGUCAUAGCACUAAUCGUAUUUCCAGUCGCCUUGAAGCACGUCGAGCAUCACUGAUGAAUGUCAGCCCUGGGAAUACGACAGAUGCAAAACAGAGCCCGAACCAACCGCCCGGCAUACCUGCCCCAACCAGUCGUCUAAAUCGCAUGUCGACUUCUCUCCGCAGCCGCAGGCUUACCAUUGGCGAUGAGAACAGAGAGAUUGAAAGUCCAUAUGGUCGUUCGGUUUCCCGGUCCAAUACAGAGAUCAACACACCGAUUGCCCCCACCGCGAUACCCACUUCUCGGCAUCGGUUCUCUCUGGGCCAUACAGUAUCCCGCUCCGUCUCCGGUGCGCAGCAGGAUCAAGGUGUUUCUGGAGCGCCAGUUCCCCGCUCCCCGCAAUACCAAUCAUCACAAAUCCCCCAGUCACAAAUACAACCACCAUCACAACCUCGGACACCGACUCUCUCAUCCAAUGUCUCCUUCCGUCGAAGCUACAUGAGCCCUGCCACCUAUACUCCUGCCACCUCUCGCUCCAACAUCCAGGCCGGGUCUCGCCGCUACGGCCUAACCCCUAGCUUCUCCUCCAACAACGUACAAGCCACCGCAGUCGAAGACCACCCCCGAAAUCCGCAACAAAUAGAACCCUCCCAGACCAGGUUCUCAACCCCAUCAAGCAAAAUGGCAACCAGUUACACGCCAAUCCAAACUCCACGACUGCGAACAAACAGCUUGGGAGCCCGAAGAUUCGGUCUUCGAAACCGCACACCAGCCACCUCAAAUAAUGUGAACCUCGACGAUAGCAUCGAUUAA